AUGAGAGAGCUGAAACUGCGACUUACCAUGGAUGGUGUGGGUCGACAUGAUGAACUCGGACAGUCUUUCACCCUGCUAAUUUCAUUCCAUUCCGAGAGCCCCGAUGGAGAGCUCUUUACAUGA